AUGGCGAGUGACAUUUUUCCUUUUUCGGAUUAUCCGGAAGAGCUUUGUCAACAGGAUAAAUUUGUUACUAGAAUUGGUGAUGAAUAUUCACUGGGUAGCACAUCCAUUUCCUCUCUUUGUAAAGAUGCGAAUGAUAGGCUGGACCAUGAUAAUGGAAUAUACGCUAAUGAUGAGCAGACAACAGUUGAUAUGCAAAGAUUGGAUCGUUUGGGUCAGGAAAAACAUUUUCAACAGAGUAAAGUUGUUACCAGAAAUGCUGAUGAGGAAUCCUUACAUUGCACAUCCAGCCUUUCUCCUUGUUCGGUGGUGAAUACGGGUGACACCCACGAAGACAAGUUUUCUCCUGGUCAUGAGGAGAGGUCAAUUCAUUUUGAAGUAGGCCUUUUGUCUCAGGAGAAAGAGAUAGACAUGAGAGAUCAGGAAGAAAAUGAUAUCGAUCCAGCACUAUUAUUAUAUUGUGAAAGGCUGAAAAAUCACCAUGAUAAUGAUAAGAAUAGCCAGAGGCACAUUGACACUGAUGACAGAAAAGAUUUGUUUGCAAUGGAAAUGGUUAUAGAUGAUGAAAUAUUGAAACAUGAUCAACCAUGCAACCAACCACCAUUUUGUAGACGAAAUGACGAGGAAAUUGACAUUGAUGACAGAAAGGAUUUGUUUGAAAAGGAAAUGGCUGUAGAUGAUAAAACAGUGAAACAUGAUCAACCAUGCAACCAACCACCAUCUUGUAGAGGAAAUGAUGAAGUUAAGAAAAGUAUGGUCAAGAUUCAGACAAAUCAUGUUUCUAAUGAGUCUUCUUCAUUUCAGCUUUUUGUCUGCCACGUUAAUGGGAUCAAGCAAUUUGUUGACCUUAAAAAUUCUAGUUCAUCAGAAUGGAUGAAACCCAAUAAAUGUGAGCUUUCUGAGUUAAAAUCAGCAGGCUGUAAAACCAUCAACAAAGUUGAUGUGACAGCAGAAAGCAGGAAAAUUAUGUCAGAUAAGAUCACUGAUUUUCAGCUACAGAGUUCAGAUUUUGAGAGGUUUUCAGAUCAAAAUCCAACUACAUGCUCUUCAAAAUUCCUUGGAAGCCAGAAUUUUGGUUCCAUGUUGCCCAUUACUAAGAAAUUAAAUGUCUGUAGGGAGCUGAGACGCACCUCUUCAUUACUUAUACCUCCACAUGGUGUAAAUAGAGGCUUAUAUCCUUUAAUGGCUAAGAAAUCAAGCAGGCUCUCAUAUACUUUCACGUCUCCAAAGUAUACAAUAAAUGAAUUUUGCUGAGAAGGUUCCUAAUAACAGGAACAACACAGAGUAUUCGUUAAAGUUAAAUUUGAUUAAGUCUUGCAUAUUAGAGACUGAAUAUGGACCUACUGAAAAGGUCAGAGAGAGUCAAACAAGACACCAGGGACAAUUAAAGAUCCCUCUGAGAGGGAAGUUUAAAGAAAAAGCAGUGGAAGUUGCCAAGACAAAAGCAUUUGUUCAAUGGAAUGACAAUGACACAGGUAACUUACUAGAUUUAAAUUGGAUCAACUCUUACAUAUUGGAGACUGAAGAUGGAUAUAUUAAAUGUGUGGAAGGCAGAAAAGACACCAGGAACAGUUUAAGACUUCUUUGAGUGGGAAUUCUAAAGAAAAGGCAAUGAAAUUUGCUAAGAAAAUGGCCUUUGUUCAAUGUAAUGAGACCUUAAAUUCAAAAAGGGGAAUCACCACAGUAAAUUAGCUCCGUUUCAAAGGGAAUUACUGCAGCUUUUGGCUUUCUCUCUUCCUUAAUCGCUAGCAGUGAUUGAAAACUGUGUUGCCAAUUUUACGUGUUUAGAUCUUUUAUAGAUGCUUCCUGAAAUGGCCUUCCAAUUCUGAGAAAUUAUCUUACUGUCAUUGAUUGCAACUUUUGCGAUAGCUCUUUCUCAUGUUUAGCUUGAAAUUGCAGAGUAUGCUAUAAGAGAUAUCAGAAAAUACAGAAAACUGCAAGAUGGGAUUUGCUAGACUUGCAUUGGUAGUUAAUACAGGGCUGAAAAGAAAAUGGCGUAGAUGCACAAUUUUGAA